UUGUUAAAUAUUAUUUAGCAAUAAUGACAAACUGUCUUUCGUUGAUGUUUCUGACUCUCCAGAUUCUCUACAGCUUUAUGGAUCUUCAAUCAGAGAGUUUAAAGGUGUUUGGUCCAGAUGCUCCUCUUCAUGCUGUAGCUGGUAAAGACCUGGUUCUGCCCUGUUUUAUCAAACCCAGCACCAGCGCUGUGGACAUGAGAGUGCAAUGGGUCAGACUAGAUGUGGGAGACACAUUAGUGCAUCUCUAUGAGGAUCACAAAGACAGAAAUGAAGAUCAGGCUGAAUCCUACAGAGCGAGAACAUCACUGUUCAAAGAGGAGCUACAGAAGGGCAACGCUUCACUCAAACUCUCAGCUCUCAGAGUCUCUGAUGAAGGAGAAUAUCAGUGUCUCAUUGAAGACAAAUCCUGGUCUGAUGACAUCAUUAUUCAUUUUACUGUUGAGGCUCAGGGAAGCCACCCAGUGAUAAUGAUGGAGAGUUAUGAUAACUCAGGAGGGGUUAAUCUAGUGUGUGAGUCCAGAGGCUGGAAACCUGAACCUGAGGUUCAGUGGCAAGACAGAGAAGAAAACAUUCUGCCUGCUGAAGAGACACAGAUACACAGAGAGACUGAGGGCUUCACUGUAAAACGCCGCAUUACUGUUUACGAUUAUAGUGACUCCAACAGAUAUUACUGCAGACUUCUACAAAACCUUCACGUGUUGGAAGCAAAUGUUUUCAUAAGUCGUAAAGUCUUUGAAACUUGGAAGUGGCUUGUCGGCCUUUCAGUUUCAGCAUUUUUUAUUGCUGUCGGAUGGAUAGUAACUGCAAUUAUCUUACACAAGAAAGAGCUGGAGAGACAGAAGGUGGAACGUGAGUUUACAGAUAAGAAGAACUUUGCAGAGCUGCAGAGUGAAAGGAUGAAGCAUGUGUUGGCAGCGAAGAAGUCGUCUGCAGUGGAUGUGACUCUGGAUCCUGAUACGGCUCAUCCUGAACUCAUCCUGUCUGGUGAUGGAAAAGAAGUGAGACACGGAGACACGAGACAGAAUCUCCCUGAUACACCACAGAGGUUUAAAUAUAAUCGCUGUGUUGUAGGAAAGCAGAGUUUCUCCUCAGGGAGAUUUUAUUAUGAGGUGCAGGUCAGCGGGAAAACUGCUUGGCUAUUAGGAGUCGUGAGAGAGAACAUUAACAGGAAGGAGUGGAUUACAGAAAGACCUCAGGAUGGAUUCUGGACUGUGUGGCUGAGGAAUGAGAAUGAAUAUGUUGCUAAUGCUGAUCCCCGUGUCCCCCUCACACUGAGAGAGAAGGUGGAGAAGGUGGGGGUGUUUGUGGAUUAUGAGGAGGGUCUGGUCUCCUUUUAUGAUGUGAACUCCAGAUCUCAUAUCUACUCUUUCACUGGUCAGUCUUUCACUGAGAAACUCUAUCCAUACUUCCGUCCUUGGGAUAAUAAACCACUGAUCAUCUCUCCUGUGUGUAACACUGAGUGAAUUUUCACCUCACAGAUUUCAUCAUCUGUUAAAUGUCAGAAUAAAUAAGAACUUUUUCUGUUUAAUUUUAGAAAAUACAUGUUUACAUUUCUACAGUUUUUAUUAUUUUAUUUGUGUUUAUGUU